AUGAGCGGAGCAGCGGCCGGUGGGGAGGGAAGGAGCGGCGGCGGCGACUCCCCGGCAGGCCGUUGGGCGGGAUGGAAGUGGCUGGCUCUGGGCCUCCUCUCCGCUUCCUCGGUGUUGGUGGCAGCCCCGGCCGCCCAGGCCAUGAGCAGGGAGGAGAAACGCCGCCUCGGGAGUCAAGUUCUGGAAAUGUUUGAUCAUGCCUAUAGUAAUUACAUGGAACAUGCCUACCCAGCUGAUGAACUCAUGCCUUUAACUUGCCGUGGAAGAGUUCGGGGUCAAGAACCAAGUCGUGGGGACGUGGAUGAUGCCUUGGGGAAGUUUUCCCUAACACUGAUUGAUACGUUGGACACUCUUGUGGUAUUGAAUAAAACCAAAGAGUUUGAGGAUGCUGUUAAAAAUGUGAUCAGAGAUGUUAAUUUGGACAAUGACAUUGUAGUAUCAGUGUUUGAGACAAACAUAAGAGUUCUUGGAGGGCUUCUAGGUGGACACUCUGUAGCAAUCAUGCUGAAAGAAAAGGGUGAAGACAUGCAGUGGUACAAUGGGGAACUUCUGCACUUGGCAAAGCAGUUGGGCUACAAGCUCUUGCCAGCUUUUAACACCACCAGUGGUCUCCCAUAUCCAAGAGUUAACUUAAAAUUUGGUCUAAGGAGUCCAGAGGCUCGAACAGGAACUGAGACUGACACAUGUACAGCUUGUGCGGGUACCUUGAUCUUGGAGUUCGCUGCUCUGAGCCGCUUCACAGGCGCAUCUGUAUUUGAGGAAUACGCACGGAAGGCACUUGACUUUCUUUGGGAGAAAAGGCAGCGCAGCAGUAAUUUGGUGGGAGUCACCAUUAACAUUCAUACUGGCGACUGGGUCCGAAAAGAUAGUGGAGUUGGAGCAGGAAUAGAUUCAUACUAUGAGUAUUUAUUAAAAGCCUACGUCUUGCUUGGAGAUGACAGUUUCCUUGAAAGAUUUAACACACAUUACGAUGCCAUAAUGAGAUACAUUAGCCAGCCACCACUCCUACUGGAUGUGCACAUACACAAGCCAAUGCUCAAUGCCCGGACAUGGAUGGAUUCUCUGCUAGCAUUUUUUCCAGGUUUGCAGGUGUUGAAAGGUGACAUUAGACCAGCUAUAGAAACUCAUGAGAUGCUGUAUCAAGUGAUAAAAAAGCAUAACUUCCUUCCUGAGGCUUUCACAACUGACUUCCGAGUUCAUUGGGCUCAGCAUCCUUUACGGCCAGAAUUUGCAGAGAGCACUUACUUUUUGUAUAAAGCUACGGGAGAUCCUUACUACCUGGAAGUAGGAAAAACUCUAAUUGAGAACUUAAAUAAAUAUGCACGAGUACCUUGUGGGUUUGCUGCAAUGAAGGAUGUCCGUACUGGAAGUCAUGAAGACAGGAUGGAUUCUUUCUUCCUGGCGGAGAUGUUUAAAUACUUAUACCUGCUCUUUGCUGAUAAGGAAGAUCUGACUUUUGAUAUAGAAGACUACAUCUUUACUACUGAGGCUCAUUUGCUACCUCUUUGGCUGUCUACUACAAACCAAACAGCCCCUAGGAAAAAUAUUACUACAGAAUACACAGAACUGGAUGAUAGUAACUUUGACUGGACAUGCCCCAACACCCAGAUUCUUUUUCCAAAUGACCCCAUGUAUGCUCAGAGCAUCAGGGAACCUCUGAAAAAUGUGGUAGACAAGAGCUGUCCUAGGGGUAUAUCCCGAGCGGAGGAGAUCUCAGGCAGCGGACCAAAGCCACCACUGAGAGCGAGGGAUUUCAUGGCCAGCAAUCCUGAGCAUUUGGAAAUACUGAAGAAGAUGGGAGUCAGCUUGAUUCACCUCAAAGAUGGAAGAGUACAGCUGGUGCAACAUGCUAUCCAAGCAGCAAGUGCACUCGAUGCAGAAGAUGGUCUGAGGUUCAUGCAAGAAAUGAUUGAGCUGUCCAGUCAGCAGCAAAAAGAACAGCAGCUACCUCCACGUGCAGUUCAGAUUGUUUCCCACCCAUUCUUUGGCAGAGUGGUAUUGACAGCUGGGCCUGCACAGUUUGGAAUGGACCUGUCCAAACACAUAUCAGGGACAAGGGGAUUUGUCGUAAUCAGUAAACCUUAUAAUGGAUGCUCUGAGAUCACCAAUCCCGAAGCGCUGAAGGAGAAAAUUGCUUUGAUGCAAAGAGGACAGUGCAUGUUUGCUGAAAAGGCUCGGAACAUCCAAAAAGCUGGGGCUGUAGGCGGCAUCGUUAUUGAUGACAACGAGGGGAGCAGCAGCGACACAGCCCCUCUCUUCCAAAUGGCCGGAGAUGGCAAGAAUACGGAUGACAUCACGAUCCCCAUGCUGUUUCUGUUCAACAAGGAGGGCAGUAUUAUCCUCGAUGCCAUCCAAGAGUACGAAGCUGUCGAAGUGCUGCUGUCCGAUAAAGCGAAGGACAGAGAUUUGGACAUGGAAGGCAUGGACCAGAAGUCACCUGAUAACGAUUCCCAUAACCAGAGGUCAGAAGAAAUCUCAACAAAUCUGAACUUGGUCAGUCAACACUCUGAAGAAGAAGGAGGAGAUAGCUUAAGUUUUCCUGCAGAGUCAAGUGGAAAUCAUCUUUCUCUUGAAAACCAGGAUUCUUGUGUCCCCAAACCCCAGGAAGCAAGUAGCAGUCAGAUUUCAAAACUAGAUAAUUACCCUGAGGAACAGUCAAAGACAGAGUCAGACUCCAGUCCCAGUAAUACUUGGGAUAAUAAAGGUCAGUCUAUGGAAUCAAUAUUAGCAGAUUGGAAUGAAGACAUAGAAGCUUUUGAAAUGAUGGAAAAGGAUGAACUAUAACUUCAAAUAACUUUCUUAUGGGACUAUACAACAGUGAACUCCGGAGGACAGUAGGGCCCUGAUAUCUGAAAAAUGAAAAUAAUUGUUCAGUAUUGUGAUAAGCAGCCAGGUUUCAUCGGCAAAAGCCAGCAUGUGUUAAUUUGU